CUCACUGCUGCCUGCCUGACCUCGCUCCCAGUCCUGCUGCACAGACUCUAGGCUCAGAGCUCGAGACCUCAGGAUGGGGGAUGAGGAGAAGCGCAACAGGGCCAUCACGGCCCGGAGACAGCACCUGAAGAGUGUGAUGCUCCAGAUUGCGGCCACAGAGCUGGAGAAAGAGGAAAGCCGCCGUGAAUCCGAGAAGCAGAACUACCUGUCCGAGCACUGCCCACCUCUGCAUAUCCCAGGCUCCAUGUCUGAAGUGCAGGAACUUUGCAAACAACUGCAUGCGAAGAUUGAUGUGGCUGAGGAGGAGAAAUACGACAUGGAGGUGAAGGUGCAGAAGAGCAGCAAGGAGCUGGAAGACAUGAACCAGAAGCUAUUUGACCUGAGGGGCAAGUUCAAGAGGCCCCCACUUAGGAGGGUGCGUAUGUCGGCUGAUGCCAUGCUGAAGGCAUUGCUGGGCUCUAAGCACAAGGUGUGCAUGGACCUGAGGGCCAACCUGAAGCAGGUCAAGAAGGAGGACACCGAGAAGGAGCGGGACCUGCGUGAUGUGGGUGACUGGAGGAAGAAUAUUGAGGAGAAAUCUGGCAUGGAGGGCCGGAAGAAGAUGUUUGAGUCUGAGUCCUAACUGCCCACUGCCCCACCCCACCCCCCCCCCCCACAGGUGGAGCACCCCACAGCCAGGCUGGGAGUACCCAGGCCUCAUGCCAAUAAAGGAUUCACAUC